CGUAGUAGGAGCACGGACACUUAACUUUGUCGCCACACGGCCUGAGGACCCUGUGCCGUCCGCUGUUAAGUUAUUGGUUGUACACAUUUGCAAGACUAAUUUGGUCCAGCAGACCUGCAUAUAUCAUACGUUUCUUCCUCUGGUCCAUGGUCUGACACUGGUCAAGACACUGGAGGAGAGAAGGUGAAAAAUGACGCAGUUUUUACCCCCGAACCUGCUGGCCCUAUUUGCACCGCGGGACCCCAUACCUUUCCUGCCGCAGCUAGAAAAGCUGCCCCAUGAGAAACAUCACAACCAACCUUACAGUGGCAUUGCACCCUUCAUCAGGCACUUCGAGGACCCUAGAGAUGCACCUCCACCAACACGGGCAGAGACCCGGGAGGAGCGGCUGGAGAGAAAGAGGCGAGAGAAGAUUGAGAGGAGACAAGCAGUGGUGGAGACAGAACUCAAGCUUUGGGAUCCCCAUAAUGACCCCAAUGCUCAAGGGGACGCCUUCAAGACAUUGUUUGUUGCACGCGUGAACUAUGAUACUACAGAGUCCAAGCUUCGCCGUGAGUUUGAAGUCUAUGGCCCCAUCAAACGGAUUUACAUAGUCUACAACAAGAGGACAGGGAAGCCUCGGGGCUAUGCAUUCAUUGAAUACGAGCAUGAACGAGACAUGCACUCUGCCUACAAGCAUGCAGAUGGGAAGAAGAUUGAUGGUAGAAGGGUCUUGGUGGAUGUGGAACGAGGACGCACUGUCAAAGGAUGGCAUCCUCGCAGGCUAGGAGGUGGAUUAGGUGGCACUAGGAGAGGUGGAGCUGAUGUCAACAUUAAGCACUCUGGCCGAGAUGAUGCAUCACGUUACGAUGAUCGCCCCCUGGGGGGUGAUCGGGACCGUGGAGACCGGAGGGAGCGCAGUCGAGAGCGUGACAGGGACAAGGACCGAGACCGCCGGAGGUCUCGAUCUCGUGAACGCCGUAGACGUACCCGUUCUCGUGAGCGAGAGAGGCAGACUGCAGGAGGAGAUGACAGCAGUGGUAGUAGUCGGCGUAGAGAGCGAGAGCGGGAUCGUGGGGGGACAGCGGGAGGAGACAGUAGAAGUAGGGAGAGGAGUAGAGAACGGAAGAAAAGGAGCAGAAGCCGAGAUCGCAAGAGAGACAGAGAGAGAGGCAAGGGGUUGGAUGGAGAGGAGGUUAGCCAGGGAGACGGGGCCCAUGAGGGUAGCGAUCGAGUGUUGGAGGAACAUGAAGGAGAAGUGGGUGAGGGUAUGGAAGAGCGCAGAGACAGGGACAGAGAAAGGGACCGGGACCGUAGGCGCAGCCACAGAGACAGAGAGAGGCGCAGGGGAGACCGGGACAGAGACAGGGAGCACAAGAGGGAGAGGGGGGAGAGAGACAAGGGGGACCGCAGAGAGGAGCGCCACAGCUCCCUACGAGAUGACAUGGGCCCCCAAGAUGACAUGGGCAAUGAGGAUGAGGGAGGAGCACUGCCACACAUGGAAGAGUACAGUCAGGAUGGGAUGAUGAUGGACCAGCAGUCAGUGCCAUCAGCUGAUGGCUAUGGCUCCAGUGAGAAUGGCUACAAGAUGGAGGCACCAGGAGACGAGUACUGAAAUGGCUGCUGUCCCGUAGACUUCCACUUACAAAAUAAGUUGUUUCAUACCAUGCUUUAACAUAGUCCAUAACGGUCUGCCUAAGCACAGGAAGCCUAAGUGAUGUCAGGGCUUUCUAAGUACCACACACCUUCUAGCUUUCUCUUGUCUAUCAAGAAUCUGUUGCGAUUUUCCACUUGAUAUUGCUGUACACACAGUUGAUGCAUACAGUAUAAUUCAUUUUAUUUGUCUAAAGUUGCUGUUUUCCUGUAUUGCCCAAUCAAUCUGUGCCACUAAAUGGUAUCAGAUUACUUUAGUGAUCAAAAUAGGUAUGUGUUGUGUUUUUUUGUUUUGUUUUUUUCCCCACUUGGCUUGCAAUGAACUGCAUAAACACAAGCUCUAUCCAUUUUUAGAUUGCUAUAUAAAUACAGUCCAUUUACCAAGAUUGUAUUGUCUUGUUAAGAUUUCAGGAUUCAGAAAGCAGGAUUCAUUUUGGACCAAGUGACCAAUUUCUGCUCAAUGUGUGUGUGAAAUUGAAGGAAAUGUAGGUUUACGUAACAAUUUGGGGCUGUUGUGUUUAUUAAUUCUGGAAUAAAAACAUUGUAAAGUUG